GGCGGCCGGCGUAUCACUGCGCAUGUGCAAAAGGAGGGGCAUCAAAGAGCGGCUCGUCUUAGAGACAGCAGCCUUGACCCACUUCUGGGGCGACCCCUCGAGGCGUAGACCCCGCCCUGCCUGCCGCUGUGGCGGCGCGGCCUGCGCAGCUCUGCUCUUACGUUCCCAGCGUCAAUCCUAACCUGGCCAGGCCUGGCCCCAUCCAUUUCUCCUCCCGCGGAACCCCUCCAUAGCGCUCAUUGCCCCUGCUGCCCUUCUCCAGCUCUUCUAGACCCUCUUGGAGCUGCGGGGACCAGACCAGGGCACCGGGUUCAAGCCGCGGGCGUAGAAAAGGGUCCUUUUACCCCAGGUCCUGCAGCACUGAAGAUGCAACCCAGGCAUCAUGGCGGGCACGGGGACCCCAGACCCCGGGGGCAGAGCUCGCUGCCGUCCCUCUUGGUGGCCGGGGUCCAUGGUCUGUCUUUCAUCCCCUCCUGGGCCCUGCACCGGUGCCCGAUGCAGCAGGGCUGGUGCCUGCCAGACACCCCCCCCCCCGGGCCCUGCAGCAGGUGUGCACGGGUGGGUGCAACACGUGUGCACGCCCACUCCCCACAGUGCGGGCGUGCAAAACCCGCGUGUGCCCGCCCGGCGCACAGAGGCUCGGCAGCGCGGGGUGGUGCAUAGCGACGUGACCGGAGUUUAUUUGUGUUUCCAACCCCGCGUCCGCUCCCUCGGGAUCGGUUUUAUUAUACAAAAUAUACAGAGUCCAAAACGCAAAGCGGCCGGAGGGGGGAGAGGGCGGGUGGCACCUGCCCCACGGCCGGGGCAGCGGCGCGGGGCGGGGGGCAGGGGCAAACCGACGCGCAACCCAGUGCCACCCCCGGGGCCCAGCACAGCAAGACAGCGUCCCAUCCGGCCCCUGCCCGGGGGAGAGGGGACAGGGCUCCUCCUGCCCCCGGCACACGCUCACGGCACCAGCCCCGGCCCCAGACAGGGCAGUGGGGAAAUAGCGGGGAGCGAGGGGCACCGGCAAGACUUGGGGGGUGCAGGCGGGGAGCCAGGGGCAUCUUCAGGGAGCUCUGCCAAACCCAGGGCCGGUUCCAGCACCGCGAGGAGGACGAGGAGGAGGACCCCCCAACACCGCAAGCGGGGCUCCAGGCCGCCCCUUCCCCUGCUGGAAGCAGCUCAGGGCCCUGGUGGGGGCUGCAGCACCUGCCAACCCCGGAGCAUCCAGGCACCCCCGGGGAGGCGCGCAGCCCACACCGCUCCCACGCUGGGGCCACCGGGCGCCUCUCCUGUGGGACGGGGCCUCCAGCUGACGCAGGGGGAGGGGGUCCCCAGCCCCCCCGAGGAGCGGGGCAGGCCGGGGGGUGCUCCCCACGCUGGCCGUGCCCCCAGGCCCUUCCCGGCGGGCGGCGGGGGGCAAGCAGGAUCCGGACGGCGCUGGCAGGAUCGGGCCGGGCGCUAG